AUGCUUAGGGAAACAUUUAAUAAUGAAACAAAUUUAUUAAAUAAACAUGAGAAAAUAAAUGGAGAAGAUUUGCAAUUGAAUGGGGAAAUUGAGGAAAUAACAACCCAAAUAAUAUACAAGGAAACUACAAAUCAUUCUUUCAUGGACUUGAGUACUUGGGAUGAAAUGUUCCCUUUGGACCCUCAACAUGUUCCCGUUUGGAUCAUUGGACUAGCUAUUGUUGUAAGAAAUAUAAAGAUUUAUUAUAAAAUAGAGGCUGAAUAA